GUGUCACCUACCAAUUCCCUGGACCAUGAGACACCGGGACCAAGAGACACCUGUAAGUUAUAUUUUGUCCUGGUGCAAUAAACCGGUUUAUAAAAACUCUGCCCCGAUUCUCAUGUUAGUGAAUAAAAAGCAGUAACUAAACUUUGGGAAACCACCAUUACUUUAAAUUUUGUUUUGUCUUUUGUGAUAGGUAUCUAAUGUCAUUCCUCUUCACCAUAACUGUCUGUGAAACAUUUUGUUUCAUAUUUAAAUUAUUUAAUUCUUGUAUCUUUUUUUUUAAAGGGAGUCACCAUGUCUGAUUACAAUAUCCGCCUAUACAAGGACUCAGACUAUGAGCUGGCCAGGGAACUUUUUACCCGCGGUAUGAUUGAACACUACCCUAUGGCCUUCAGACUGGCUUUAAGGCAUCCUCGAUCAUGGCUUUCUCUGCUGGUCAUAUUCCUGGGUUCUUUCUUGAUCUCUGGAUCUGUUAUUUUGUCCAUCUUGGUAUUGACAAUUGCAUUAAUUGUCCUAUUGAUCUGCUCAAGAUAUGUCUAUUCUUCUUACGUUGACCACUGUCUGUCACAUGACAUGUUGGACAUCAGGAAAUAUUAUUUGCAAAGGGAUGGUCGCUGCUUUUGGGUGGCGGAGUCUGGUGGGAUAGUGGUGGGUACAGUGGCUGCUGUUCCAUCAUCUAAUCCACGUGGAGAGAAACACACGGAGCUCAAGAGGCUGACUGUUGCCCGGAGUCACAGAGGUAAAGGGAUCGCUAAAGCCUUGUGCAGGACGGUUAUCGAUUUUGCCAGCCAGAGAGGUUGUGAGGCUGUUGUCCUGGAGACUUCAUUGCCCCAGAUUGACGCUUGGAAAUUGUACGAGAAAAUGGGUUUCUGGCAAACCCAUGCCAUAUGUCUACCUAGCUUCACAGAAAGACUUGCUUAUGUAAUGGAGUUGUUUUACCGAUAUGAUAUACCAAUAACCAGUUAA